AUGGCAAGACUUUCUGGAUUGCAGAAAGAAGUAAUACAUUUUUAUAGAAAAUGCAUCAGAGGCAUUCUGACAAAACCGAAAGAUAGUCAACAGAACUUCAGAGAAUUCAUAAGAGGUGAGUUUGGCAGGUUUAGAAACAUUUCCAAGAGGGACUUCUCCACCAUUGAGCAUUUACUUCGAACAGGUUUCAGAAGGUAUGAUAUGUUUGCCAUAAAAGAAGUCAAGAAUGUCCACUAA